CAGGAGGCGACAGCUGCCGGGCCGGGGGAGCGCGGCGGAGCGGGGCUGCGGCGCCCGGCGACUCUCGGCGGCGGGGGAUGUUUCCGGGCACUUCCUGACUGGCUGGCAGCGCGCACACGGCCGGACUCGCACGCCCCCGGCCCCCCUGGCUCGCUCGCUCGCUGGCUCGCGCCGGCCCGCGCUGCGUCGGCCGCGCAGCUGUGGAGGCGCGCUAGGGGGACGCGGCCGGGGAUGAACUGAUUGCGGGCAAAUACGCCGCCGACGGGCCGCAGGAGGCCGUAAGGAGCCUCUUUUCUCCGAGUCGCCGCCCUGCCCUUGGAUUUGAGAUCAUGUCCAUUCACAUCGUGGCGCUGGGGAACGAGGGGGACGCGUUUCACCAGGACAAUCGGCCGUCGGGGCUCAUCCGCACUUACCUGGGGAGAAGCCCGCUGGUCUCAGGAGACGAAAGCAGCUUGUUGCUGAACGCGACCAGCACGGUCGCGCGUCCGGUGUUCACCGAGUAUCAGGCCAGCGCGUUUGGGAAUGUCAAGCUAGUGGUCCACGACUGUCCUGUCUGGGACAUUUUUGACAGUGAUUGGUAUACCUCUCGAAAUCUGAUUGGGGGUGCCGACAUCAUUGUGAUCAAAUAUAACGUAAAUGACAAGUUUUCAUUCCAUGAAGUGAAGGAUAAUUAUAUUCCUGUGAUAAAAAGAGCAUUAAAUUCAGUUCCAGUAAUCAUUGCUGCAGUCGGUACCAGACAAAAUGAAGAGUUACCUUGUACGUGCCCACUGUGUACCUCGGACAGAGGGAGCUGCGUCAGUACGACUGAAGGCAUCCAGCUUGCUAAAGAGCUAGGAGCUACCUAUCUGGAACUACACAGCCUUGAUGACUUCUACAUAGGAAAAUACUUUGGAGGAGUGUUGGAGUAUUUUAUGAUUCAAGCCUUAAAUCAGAAGACAAGUGAAAAAAUGAAGAAAAGGAAAAUGAGCAACUCGUUUCAUGGAAUUAGACCACCUCAGCUUGAACAACCAGAAAAAAUGCCUGUCUUAAAGGCUGAAGCAUCGCAUUAUAACUCUGAUUUAAAUAACUUGCUGUUCUGCUGCCAGUGUGUGGAUGUGGUAUUUUACAACCCAGAUUUGAAGGAAGUGGUCGAGGCCCACAAAAUUGUUCUCUGCGCAGUCAGCCAUGUAUUCAUGCUGCUUUUCAAUGUGAAGAGUCCUGCUGACAUUCAGGAUUCCAGUAUCAUCCGAACUACCCAGGAUCUCUUCGCUAUCAACAGAGAUGCUGCGUUUCCAGGUGCUAGCCAGGAGUCUCCAGGCAACCCACCCUUACGAGUCAUAGUUAAAGACGCCCUCUUCUGUUCUUGUUUAUCGGACAUUCUACGCUUCAUUUAUUCAGGUGCCUUCCAGUGGGAAGAAUUGGAAGAAGAUGUCAGGAAGAAGGUGAAAGAUUCUGGGGAUGUUUCAAAUGUAAUUGAGAAAGUUAAAUGCAUUUUAAAAACACCAGGAAAGUUUAAUUGCCUAAGGAACUGCAAAACCUAUCAAGCCAGAAAACCUCUGUGGUUCUAUAACACUUCUCUCAAGUUUUUCCUUAAUAAACCAAUGCUUGCUGAUGUUGUCUUCGAAAUACAAGGUACGACGGUGCCAGCCCACAGGGCCAUCCUGGUGGCCCGCUGUGAAGUGAUGGCAGCCAUGUUUAAUGGGAAUUACAUGGAAGCAAAAAGUGUUCUGAUUCCAGUUUAUGGUGUUUCCAAAGAGACUUUCUUGUCAUUCUUAGAAUACCUAUACACAGACUCCUGUUGUCCAGCCGGCAUUUUCCAGGCUAUGUGUCUCCUGAUCUGUGCGGAGAUGUACCAAGUAUCCAGACUGCAGCACAUCUGUGAGCUGUUUAUCAUUACCCAGCUGCAGAGCAUGCCGAGCAGGGAGCUGGCGUCUAUGAACCUCGACAUAGUUGACCUGCUCAAAAAAGCCAAGUUUCACCACUCUGAUUGCCUCUCAACUUGGCUACUUCAUUUCAUCGCCACUAACUACCUCAUCUUCAGUCAAAAGCCUGAAUUUCAGGAUCUUUCAGUGGAAGAACGCAGUUUUGUUGAAAAGCACAGAUGGCCGUCAAAUAUGUACUUGAAGCAGCUUGCGGAAUACAGGAAAUAUAUUCACUCCCGGAAAUGCCGUUGCUCAGUCAUGUAACCUGGAGUUUUUAUAUACCUACACUUUUUCUUGUUAUUAUGAAGAAUGGGGUACUUCUGGGUUCCAGUAAAAUUCUUGUGACUGAAACCAGUAUGGGAGUUAAAAAGAAAAGUCACCAUACAGCUUAAUGUGUUUAUUAGUUCUCUUCAAAAAAACCUACUAUUACGAUCUUGAAAGGGAACAAAAUAUACCAUAGGCUAAAAUUAAGACUUUCCCUAGUAUAUAAAGCUGUUGUACAGCUAAUUUUUCCCUUUAAAAUGCCCUAUUGCUUUAGUGAUAUUAAUAACUUAACUCCCAAUUAAGAAAGUUUAAAUUUUUUUAAAAAUCAUGCAGGAUUAAUACAGAAAUUUCAUCAUGUCUGUCUAACUGCUCUAUUAAAAUAAGGGCCACUUAAAGAUUCAGUAUGACUAUUUCUAUCAUGAGAAAUCUAGGGGAAGACUGGUCAGUCUGAGAUUUCAGGAAUAGAAAUUUGCCUGGGAUUUUGCAAGUGAAAUGCCACUUCGUUCUAAAUCAGUGACAGUGUUUGAACCAUCAUGGAAAAAAAUCUGUUUUUUUUUUAAUCUGGACAACCCAACUGAGCCACCUUGUCUCUCCCCGGGAUUCGGAUUAGGCAGGAAAUCUAUAUAUAGCUGGCUUCAUGGCAUGUAACCUGUGUGGUCACAGAGAGCCCUCUGCUUAGAAGGGUUUAAUGCUCUGCAUUCGCCAUCUUAAAAUUCUUAAUAAUGUUUGAAGACAGGCCCUGCAUUCUCACUUUGUACCUGGCACCCAAAUUAUGUGUAUCUCCUAGCAGGACAUAUUUUCUUGCUCAAACAUUAUUUUCUCUGAAAGCAAAAAAAGAAGCACUGACAUCAAGGAAAGAGAAAGAGGCUUGCUGAGGGAAGAGAUCAUAUGGGAUUCCUCGUUUCCCAUCCUUGGGGAAGUCUUUACCAUCCAGGACCUCCCUCCUCUGCCACCUGGGCUGGCAAGUGAGAAAUGCGUUGUGUUGGCUUAGCUUUCAAACACUUAACAGUUCUGGUUCUAUCACAGAUGAAUACUUUCUUGAUCAUUCUGUAAGACCAGAAUGUUAGUAAAAGUGACUGGCCAACAUGCCUUAAAAUGCGUCUAUAAAACGCUCAUAGGAAAAGUUGCUUUCUGGAGAAUUUGCAAUCAAAAGCUGAAGGGUUUUUUUCUUUUAGUGUAUUUACUAAGAUUAGGAUGUCAGUGGCUUGAAUUUUGUGUUCUUUCUGAGGACCGAAAGGUUAUUUGAUGAAGAAUGAUAUGAAUCUUGUCCUUCAAGAUUAUCUAGUAAGUUAAAAGAAAGGAUAUAAAUCAAGACUUGUUACAUGUAGAGAAAAUGGUACUAGAAUAGAGGGCAGAAUCAUAGUUUCUCUUAAUAUCACACAUCAACAGAAACAAUUAUAUCAGCAGCUCACAAGCUGAAAGAUGGAAAAGCAGAUUGCUAUUUAUUAUUAGCAUCAUUUUCAUCUGUAAUUCAGUAUUGGAAUAUAUUUUUCUUUUAAUUUCCAAUGACUUUAGAAUACACAGUUUCUCCAACCAUUCAAAGAUUUGAUUAAACAGUUUUAUACCAUGUAUAGACAUAAUACAGUUAGUCCUUUGAUGUACACCAGCACCGUCAGAGUAAAACAGUAAAAAUUCCCUACAGAUCUCUUCCAAGAAACAUGAAUUUAAUUGGAAUGUGUUGAUGAAGAUUCCUGGAAUGCAUUUUAUGUCUUUUGUAUUUUACUCACUUGAGUUAAUCAAAUAUUGGCAAAUCUCAUUUGACAAGGAUUAGCAUUGGAAAGAAUAAAUACUGUAGUAGACUUCUAGAAAUUCACUCACAUUUAAGACCUUUUCAAAUACAGUGAUAGCCUUUUACUUUUCAUAAGCAUAUUCCUAUCCCUACAUUAAUUACAGCACUUAAAAUUAUAAGUAACUUUUAAUCUAGGAAAUUGAAAAAUAUAAGUCCUGAAGCAAAAUAUUUUCUUGAAGAUACUAUUUAACAUUUUAAUAGCCAUAGGUAGAUUUUAGCUUGUUUGACCUAAGUGGAAGUUGGGUUUGGAAGCUGGUGCUCUAUUGGUGUUGAGCAUGUAGUUUUUAUUAUGAAAGUUCUUUGCCAUCUGCGUGAGCAACUCAAACACACGGAUGUCACAGCUCUCCUGGGCUCAUUAGAACAGUAAUCAAAUUAGUUUUUAAACCUAGACUCUUCAAUACCUUGGAAUUAACUCAAUUAAAAAUAGUAAGAAAUUUUAAAACCUUAUAAACUAUCUUGGAGAAAUGAGUGCUCUUUUUGAGUUUUUCUAAUUGAAAAGUUAUUUCUAGUUGAAUGUAUGCUUUGUGCUGAUCUCUGCUUCAAUAUAUUUACCAGUCAUUUUAAUUAGAUAAGAUACCGUAUGGUAGAACUAAGGCCUUUUCUUUCCGGGCCAGGUUUUCACCCUGUAUAGCCCUUUGUAUGCUUCUGACUACUCUGUGUUCAUAUUGUAGGAGAGUAGGCAUGCAAUAUAGAAGGUUCAGUAACAUAACUGAAAUUCACCCUGUCUAAGCCAGCAUAAUGACUUCGUAUUGGGCAGUAGCAGAAAACUGAAAAAUUGGAUAAAUUUGACUUCCAAGACGGCUGAACUUUUCAACUAUAAUUUUAAAAACUACACUACACUGAUAUAAUUAGACAAAAAUGUCCUCAAGAGUAUUUUAUUUAAUUUAAAGCAUCUGUUUAAUUCAAUCUUUAAUAAUUUUGCAAAGAAGGGUAUGUGUGUAUUUUAAUAUAGCCUGACCUGAAUUUAUAUGUUUUUAGUUUUAGUAUUUAACAUUUUUGUAACAAAUAAACCUUUUUUUUAAAACAA